GAGUCGACGCGACUUGCAUACGAGAAGCAUCGGCCCACGCACGUGAUCCACCUCGCGGCGAUGGUGGGCGGACUCUUCAAAAACAUGAGCCACAAGGUGGAGUUUUGGCAGCAGAACGUGGCCAUCAACGACAACGUAAUGCACUGGGCCAAAGAGUACAAGGUGCAAAAGCUUGUCUCCUGCCUGUCCACCUGCAUCUUCCCGGACAAGACUUCUUACCCGAUCGACGAGACGAUGAUCCACUCGGGCCCGCCGCAC